AUGGAGCCUGUUUACUCUCUGAUCCUCCUUGAGCCCAUUGUUCCAGAUGUCCACUGCGAUCUGCCAUCUACUUACCUGAGGAUCAUGGUGAUGGCCCGGGUCGCUGCGUUUGAACUGUCUGAGAAGCAGUGGCCGGAUCUUUUGAUGUCCGUAGGAUUGACGAAUGUAAGCUUCUAUCAGCUUGCUGGAAGUGGCGAGGGCAUCAUUAAGGCUAUCAAAUUUCUAGUACCGGCUCAAAUUGGAGCGGCAGGAAGCUCAAUCGUCAGCUCAAAGAAUAGUUACGGAGUCAUAACAACUUUAAGCUCUGGGAUGCUACAUAGGUCUUCAGGGGAUAAGCGUGUCCAAACAACGGCAUCGUGCGAGAAGGCAGAUUGUGAGAACCCCGGGUCAAAGGUCAUUGCUGCGCCGCCUACCUAG